AUGUCAAACCUCCCACUGUUCCAGAAACAAGAAGGAAAAUCAUCAUAUGGCAGUGCAAACGGGACUACUGCCGAUGAAGAGACCGGCCCAUUGCUGCUUGUUGCCACUACAUCAUCCGCUCGUACGAUUGGUGAUGUCGAGGUUGCCGAAACCAUUUUGGCGCUAUUUCUUCACAGUGAUCGGAGACAUGAAUUGAAUCGACACCCGAAAACAAAUCCUAAUCGCCCUCCAGAGAAACGUUUCAAAAGGCACCGCAACUACUACGUUUGGCAGUUGAACCAAUUCCGUCACUGGUGGAAAACAAGUCGGUUGCUGGUGAGACUCAGUGGCGGAUAUGAAUACUGCUUGAAUCCAGUCAAUUGGAUCGCCAUGGGAUCGUAUGCUGUGCAAAAACGCAAACAAGGCAAGCGUGCCGUUAGGAGCAUGAAGGCGAUUGGUCGAGGGGGUGUCAGUAGAGAUUUUUUGACGAAUGUCAAACUGGGCACUAGGUCAAUUCGAUUGAUUCUAGCGAUUGCUCGAGGAUAUGAGGCUAGACGGGACCAUCGUCUGGUAGAAGUCGGAAUGGCAGAAGCUUUUGCUUUCAUGGGAAACAGAUCCUUUCGAUGGUUUGCUCGGCAUUUUGUUGAUGAAUCAACAAAGCAGGUAUUCCUUCCAUUCAGUGCAAUUUAUAUCGCACCGUACCUGGACCAAAACAGUCGUCCUGUGAUUGUUACACUUGGUUUCCUCCGAGCAAUCCUGUCCUUUGCAGUCUCGUUCCUUGGAAGUAGAUUCGGGAGACAACUCACAUACAGCACCUACAACGUCACACAUAACCGAUGGAAGGCGGUGCAAGGUAUCGAACAGUUCCAUCCAAACGCCGGAGCCUUUCAGGAUACUGUUCUUGACCAAGAGCUUCUUGAAUUCGGGCAUCAAGUUGCAGAGGCAAUCGGUCAUGGCGCUGUACCCGAAGAGACUCGUUCGAAGCUUUUAUCUAUUGGAUUUCUGGUCGUUGGGUCUGGUCAAGGCGGAUAUGCUUGCUAUCGUCGUCUCGAACCGGAUCGAUCUGUGGCAAUUUUCCUCCAUCUUACACCGUAUGGUCCUAGCAUUCUGGGCGAAAUGCCGCGAUAUGUAGUACUCGAACGCAAGAAGAUUGAAAGGGGUACUCAGCAUUCUGAUGUGACAAUUAUGGAUGCAGCAGUCGAGCCGGAGGAGUCGAUCUAUGGCUACACCUAUUCUGGAGCUUUCUUCAAAAACCAAGAGUGGGCUGCACUACGAUUGAGAUAUGAUGAUACGCUUACUGCAUACAAAACAGCUUGCAACCGAUUGAAAACAUCAUGGUCUCUGCGCGGCAAGAACGCUAUCAACACCCCCCCUAGUAGCCUCAUGACUCUGAAAGAUUUCAUACGAUCUGGGCAUACUCCAAUGAAGGCGCGGAAGGACAAGCAUCGUUGGAAGGAGCUUGCAAAGCAGGUGAAGAAGAUGUCUGCUUUGGUCGCCAAAUAUCAGAAACAAGGAAAGGCCCCGAAACGAGUUAUUCUGUAUCUCGAAGGACUAGAUUGUACUGCAAAAUCGUCGACGGGAGGUCUAAUCUGUUCUGCACUAGAGGACUGUGGUUACGUGGUGAGAACCGCGCAGCAUAAUAGACCCCCCACACCGGAGCAAAGACAGAAGCCAUGGAUGGACAGGGGUCGAUUUGAGUACCCGGAAGAUGUCUAUAAAGAAGAAGAACGAGUUCCAGAGUACACUGCCUUAGUAUGGGACCGCGGUCCAGCAGGUGAUUUCGUUUAUGGAAACUUUUCUGAGCUGAAUGAAAAAGACAGGAUGAAGAAGUAUGAUGAGUUUCGACAGUAUGACGCCAAGUGCCGAGAAGAAGGUGUAUUAUUAUUCAAACUUCUCUUCGUGGCUGACAAAGAUAGCAUUGCUGCCACACUUGGAAAGCGCCUUGCUCACAAGCACAUUGUGAAAGAUUUGCAUACUUGGCUUGAUGCGAACUCCGUUGAACAUUUUAGAGAGGGCUUGGAGGCGAUUGAACGCCAUAUCGACCCCACCGACUUCGUAGCUUUCAAUAAGUAUGAACGCAAUCUUCAUGUUUUCACCGAAUUUGCGAGGAAUACCGAUAAGAUGGGACCAAUUGGACCAUGGACUGUUGUGAAUACCUGCAAGCGACACCCUGCUCGACUGAGGCUGCUGCAGACAUUUGAACGUGAACUGAAAAAGUUUGCAAAUAGGGAUUACGAGGACGUUCCAAUUCAUCCAAUGAAAAUUAUGAUUUCAGGAAAAGACGACCCGGUUCAUCCAGUCUCUAUUCGAGCUAUGAUACAAAUUAUUCUAUUAUUCUGGGUGAUUUGGUUCUAUGCCGACAUCACUUGGAAGGUCGAUAUCAUGAGGAUCAUGGAAGAGUAG